AUGGUGGCUGUUGUCGAUCCAUCGAAGUAUUUUCAACUGGUUCAACCCUUGAUCAUUUGUUUGGAUCAUUCUAUAUUGAAGAAAGCUCUAGUUAUGAUUGAAUAUGUUCCGAUUUCCCAGUUAUCAUUGGCAUAUUCAAUUGCUAUUUACAAUAAGAAGAUGGAGGUUAUGGGUUUUGAAAUUCAAAGGAUGAAGACGUCUAUUUCCAAAACAAAUUUCUGCAAGUUGUCAGGGCUUUCAAUUACUGAAGAUUUUAUUGCUCAAGAUAAUAUUUCUACAUUGUCCUUUAUUCAGGUCCAUCAAAAAAUGGGGUACAUUUCUGAUUUAUCUGUUCUUUCUCAAUUUAAGAAGUUUGCACUUCCUCCCAUUUGGAAUGCAUUAUUUACGAUACAAUUCAAAUGCAUUUCUAAGAGAUCAAUUGGAUAUGAUAAUGCAAGUCAAGUAUUUCAUACUUUGUUAUAUGGACUCUAUUUUGGUGAAAAGAUUGAUUUUUGA